CCACGGUAGACUGGUUCGAUCUCUCAGCUCGUGUAUUCUCCUAUCUCGCAAUCGAGCACGGCCACCCUUUUGCAGAAUUUGCCGGCCAGUCCUCCAUGAUAGUAUGGUUCAACCUCACUGUGUGAUGAAGUUAUUCCUUUUCCAGCCCCCAAGAUCGGAGUGAUCCGUGGAUCUCGUGUGAUGCCAGAGCCCGACUGUCGAGGGUCAGCUCCCCCCUCGAACGUAAAUACCAGCAACCGACUGAGCCUUCGACCGCCGACCGCAAAGCCGCUAUUCACCACCCCAGUGCCACGACAAAGCCGCCACCGACGGCGCCCGACCGCAAAGACACGAUCAACCGUGCAUCCGACGCCGCAAAGACGCGAUCAACUGUGCAUCCCACGAAGCCACUCCCGAGAGCGCAUCGACAAAGCCGCCAUCAACGGCGCCCGACCGCAACCCUCGCCCGAGAGCACCGCCCUGGACCUCAUCGUCUCUCGACCGUCACCGCCCGUAGGCCGCUAUCAACAGAGCCUUCAUCGACCGGAAAAGCCGCGAUCAACCGCGCCACGACCGAAAACCGUCACCGACGAGGCGCUAUGA